AUGCCUUUGGAAGCACGCGUGAAGUCCGUCUUGUCGGGCGAUACGGUGGUCCUGGCCCAUCUCACCACAGGCCAAGAAAGAGUCCUCAGUUUGGCAUAUGUCUCUGCUCCUAGGUUGCGGAGAGAAGGCGAUGAACCCUUCGGUUUCCACUCCCGCGAAUUCCUCCGCGAACUUCUCGUCGGAAAAGUGAUCCAGUUCAACGUUGUCUACACCAUUCCUACGGGCGCAAAGCGUGACUACGGUACCAUUAAGCUCCCCGGUUUCGACGCCUCGCUGCCCGACAUCUGUGUCCAGGAGGGAUGGGCCCGAGUCCGCGAAGAGGCCGGAAAACGCGACGAGUCCGAGGAAACCGCCGAAUUCCUUGCGAAGCUCCGAGCUCUGGAAGACCACGCUAGAACCGAGGGUAAGGGUGUUUGGGCUAGCUCUGAUAAGGGAUACACCGAGACUAGCUACGAGAUCUCCGACCCCAAGGCUCUGGUCGAUGAGUACAAGGGUAAAGACCUGUAUGGUAUCGUGGAGAGAGUCUUCAACGGUGAUAGACUUGUUAUCCGUUUGCUGCUUUCUUCCGACGGACAUCUGCAGACCGUUGUUGCUGUUGCCGGUAUCCGUGCUCCCGCUACAAAACGGGUGAAUGGCGAAGGCAAGGAGCAGCCCGCUGAGCCGUUUGGUGAUGAGGCCCACCAAUUUGUUGAGUCGAGAAUCCUGCAGCGCAAGGUCCAGAUUUCUCUUCUAGGUGUCACUCCCCAAGGUCAAUUGAUCGCUAGCGUCGUCCACCCCAACGGAAACAUCGCCAAGUUUCUCCUCGAGGCUGGUCUGGCCCGAUGCCACGACCACCACUCCACAUUGCUGGGCGCUGAGAUGGCAAGCUUCCGUCACGCGGAGAAGGCUGCCAAGGAUGGACGUAAGGGUCUUUUCACUGGGCUUGUUGCUAAGGGUCCUGCUGGCGGGGCCGUCGGCGCAGAUUACGUUGUCGGCCGUGUCUUCAAUGCGGACACUCUAUUCAUCAGAAACAAGGCCGGCCAGGAGAAGAGAAUCGGCCUCAGCAGUAUCAGACAGCCCAAGCCAUCUGACCCCAACCAAGCCCCCUUUGCCGCCGAUGCUAAGGAGUUCCUGCGCAAGAAGAUCAUCGGAAAGCACGUUAAAGUUACCGUCGACGGCAAGAAGCCCGCUACCGAGGGUUACGAAGAGAAGGAGGUCGCCACUGUUAUUUUCGGAAACACCAACAUUGCCUUGGCCCUUGUUGAGGCUGGUUACGCCUCCGUGAUCCGACACCGUCAAGAUGAUGACGACCGUUCCCCCGACUACGACGCCCUGUUGGUCGCUGAGGCUGAAGCUCAGGGUGAGGGUAAGGGCAUGUGGUCUCCCAAGCCCCCCAAGGCUAAACAGUUUGUGGAUUACUCCGAGAGCGUCCAGAAGGCCAAGAUGGCUGUUUCGACCCUUCAGCGCCAGAAGCGUGUGCCUGCCGUUGUUGACUUCGUGAAGUCUGGUUCCCGAUUCACCGUGCUGGUGCCCCGUGAAAACGCCAAGUUGACUCUUGUUUUGUCCGGAAUCCGCGCUCCACGAUCUGCCCGCAACCCCGGAGAAGCAUCGGAGCCGUUCGGAAACGAGGCCCACGAGCUAGCUAACCGCAGGUGUAUGCAGCGUGAUGUGGAGAUCGAUGUUGAGACUAUUGACAAGGUUGGUGGUUUCAUCGGUACUCUCUACAUCAACAAGGAGAACUUCACCAAGGUUCUUCUCGAGGAAGGUUUCGCAACCGUUCACGCAUACUCCGCCGAGCAGUCAGGCAAUGCAACCGAGUACUUCGCUGCCGAGCAGAAGGCCAAGGAUGCCCGUAAGGGAUUGUGGCACGACUGGGAUCCUAGCAAGGAGGCUGAAGAAGAAGAGGAACAGUCGGGUAAUGCUAGCAACGGCGCGGAGAGCGAGCCUGCUCAGCGUCGUAAGGAUUAUCGUGAUGUUAUGCUCACCCACGUCGACCCCACGAAUGGACAUGUCAAGCUGCAGCAGAUUGGCUCUGGCACCUCCGCAUUGACAGAGAUGAUGAGCGCCUUCCGCUCUUUCCACCUCAACAAGGCCAACGAUACCCCGUUGCCUGGUCCCCCCAAGGCUGGUGACUUUGUCGCUGCCAAGUUCACAGAGGAUGACGGCUGGUACCGUGCUAGAGUGCGUCGCAACGACCGCGAGAAGCAGCAGGCCGAGGUCACCUACAUUGACUUUGGUAACUCGGAGGAUCUCCCUUGGUCUCGUCUCCGACCUCUUUCACCGCAAUUCUCGGCCCAGAAGCUCCGCCCACAAGCGGUGGAUGCCGUUCUUUCCUUGAUCCAAUUCCCUGUUGCGGCUGACUACUUGGACGACCUUGUUGAUUUCAUCGGUGAGCAGACUGCCGACAAGCAGCUUGUUGCCAACGUCGAUUACGUCUCGGCUGAAGGUACCAUGCACGUUACUCUCAUGGACCCCACCGAGUCCAAGAACCUUGACCACAGCAUCAACGCUGAAAUUGUCCGGGAAGGAUUGGCCAUGGUUCCCAAGAAGCUGAAGGCCUGGGAGCGUGCUGCUUCGGACACGUUGGCUCACCUCCGCACUCUCGAAGAGGAGGCCAAGCAGGACCGACGUGGCAUGUGGGAGUAUGGUGAUCUGACCGAGGAUUAG